AUGACCUAUCCAGAAAAGUUUCAAGGUAUUGCAGUUCUAGACCAUAAGGAUUGGAAGAACGCCAAGAAAGUGGAAUAUGAGCCAAAAGUAUUUGGGGACAGAGAUAUUGAUGUCAAGAUCGAAUGUUGCGGGGUGUGUGGUUCCGAUGUACACUGUGCCAGUGGUCAUUGGGGGGACAUUGCCAAGCCAUUGAUUGUCGGUCAUGAAAUAGUCGGCCACGUCGUGAAAGUGGGUCCAAACUGUACCAGCGGUGUUAAGGUUGGUGACCGUGUUGGGCUCGGUGCCCAAGCUUUGUCAUGCAUGAAAUGUAAACGUUGCUUAAACGGGAACGAGUCCUACUGUCCAAAUGCGAUCCAGACUUAUUCCACGCCGUAUGAAGACGGGUACGUCUCCAAAGGUGGGUACGCUGACUAUGUCCGGGUUCACGAACAGUUCACAGUCCCAAUUCCAGAAAACAUCCCAUCUCAUCUGGCAGCGCCGUUGAUGUGUGGUGGGUUGACCGUGUUCUCCCCAUUGCUGAGAAAUGGCUGUGGUCCAGGGAAAAAAGUGGCUAUUUUAGGUAUCGGUGGUAUUGGGCAUAUGGGUGUCCUGCUUGCCAAAGCUAUGGGUGCUGAAGUUUACGCUAUAUCCAGAACUUCGAGUAAGAAAGAGGAUGCGAUGAAACUUGGUGCCGACCACUUCAUCGCGACCAAGGAGGAACCGGACUGGCACGAAAAGUACUUUGACGAGCUGGACUUGGUUGUGGUCUGUGCAGGGUCUGUUACAGACAUUGACUUCAACACUUUGCCUAAGAUUAUCGCUGUCGGUGGUCGCAUUGUGUCCAUUGCUAUUCCAGAAAUGAGCGAAGUUUUGGAAUUGAAGCCCUUCGGUCUAGUAGGUGUGUCCAUUGCCAACAGCCUUCUUGGUUCGAUGGAAGAGUUGAAACAACUGUUGAAACUUGUUUCGGAAAAGGACAUCAAGAUCUGGGUAGAGACCGUGCCCAUCAGUGAGAAGGGUGUCCACGAAGUAUUCGAAAGAAUGGACAAAGGUGACGUUAGAUACAGAUUUACGCUGACCGAUUACGAAAAGGAAUUCUCCUCCGGUAAUUAG